GUUUGAUUUUUUGUUCUAGAUCUUAAUUAUAUUUCUUUGUUAAUUAAAUUUCUUUGUGUUCUUAAUCUCGUCUUUGAGUAUCUUUAAUCAAACCCCGAAAUUUAAAUGAAUUAUUGAAAAAUAGAAGAAAAAGGAAAAGCUAAUGGUUUUAGAGAUAGAGUCUACCGGAGAAGUUAGAUCAACGGCCGGUAAUGGCGGCGGUAUCACGGUUGUGGGAUCCGACGCGCCGUCAGAUUUUCACAUAGCUGCGAGAUCAGAAAGCUCAAAUCCAUCCCCUAACUCCGUCGCUCCUCCACUACCACAGUCCCAUCACACGAACCAGCUCGCCAUAGUAGCUCCGCCGCCGCAAAUUUCUAUGGCGGCGACGACGAUGAUGGAAGGUAUCUCCGGCGUACCGAUGAAGAAGAAACGUGGACGGCCUAGGAAGUACGGUCCAGACGGAGCAGUUGUGGCGUUAUCUCCUAAGCCAAUCUCAUCGGCGCCGGCACCCUCGCAUCCUCCUCCGGCGAGUUCACACGUCAUCGAUUUCUCCGCCUCUGAAAAACGCAGCAAAAUGAAACCAACAAACUCUUUUAACAGAACAAAGUUUCAUCACCAAGUCGAGAAUUUGGGUGAAUGGGUUCCUUGCUCCGUCGGUGGUAAUUUCACACCACAUGUAAUUGCGGUCAACGCCGGUGAGGAUUUAACGAUGAAGAUAAUAUCGUUUUCUCAACAAGGACCGCGUGCCAUUUGUGUUCUAUCAGCAAACGGUGUCAUUUCAAGUGUAACACUUCGUCAGCAUGAUUCAUCCGGCGGUACAUUAACAUACGAAGGUCGCUUUGAGAUAUUAUCAUUGUCCGGUUCAUUCAUGCCUAAUGACAUAGGCGGGACUCGGAGUAGAACAGGAGGAAUGAGCGUUUCUUUAGCAAGUCCUGACGGACGCGUAGUAGGCGGUGGUGUUGCCGGUUGACUAGUAGCCGCAAGUCCGGUUCAGGUGGUUGUAGGAAGUUUCUUAGCAGGAAAAGAUCAGGAAGAUCAUAAACCGAAAAAGAACAGACAUGAUUUCAUGUUGUCGAGCCCAACCGCGUCGAUUCCCAUCUCUAGUACAGCUGAUGACCGGACAAUACAUUCGGUCUCGUCUCUUCCGAUCAAUAAUAGUACAUGGCAGACUUCUUUAGCUUCUGAUCCAAGAAACAAGUCUUCUGAUAUUAAAGUCAAUUUAACUUGAAAAAUCUAUUCUUCCUCUGUAUUUUUUUGUUCCUUACUAAGUUCAUUUCGGAUUUUCAACAUUAGCCAUAAUAAAUGUUCUACUAAACUGGUAGUUUUAAGGGUUUAAAAGUCGUAUA